AUGCAAUUCACCACCUUCAUCCUGGCAUACGUUGCCACCAUUGCAGCUGCUCAAACAGCCACCAGUUCCGCACCUGCUUCAACUAGCUCAUCUUCCUGCGCUGCUCAAAAUAUUCUUGAUGCAUGCAUCCCCAUCAUUCAAGGCCAGGUCAAUGCCUGUGGUGUGACGGAUUAUGCUUGCCUUUGCACCCAAUAUCAAAACAUGUUGACCUGCUAUAACAACUGCCCCAAUGACCCCGGUGUUGGAAUUGUCCAACAACAGCGCGAACAAAACUGUAUCGCCGCAUCCGUGUAUGGUUCGACGACCACCCUGGGAACUGCUCCUGCCACAACCUCCGGUGCCAGUGCAACUACCACUGCCACAGGGUCAGCCAGUGACACUUCUAUCCACACCGGCUUUGCCUCCGAGACAGGUUCCGCAGCCAGUUCCACCGCUAGCGGCAGCAGCUCAUCGGGCAACGGCGCCGCUGGUCUCGAGGUUGCUGGCAGCUUAGUGGCUGUAGUUCUUGCUGGGUUGGGAUUCGUCUUGUAA